AUGAAGUCAUCCGAAGGACUGGUGCUAGCUUAUCUGAAGGACAUCACUGGACCUUUGCUGGACCCCCUGCAGUUUGCCCAUGGAGCAAACCAGUCUGUGGAUGAUGCAAUCAGUCCAAAGUUUCUUUAUUCUAAUUCCAGAAGUCACACCUGGCCAUUCAGUGCUAUAGCUGGGCUGAUUGAUAAUGCUUAUGACCCAGAUGUUCGUGCCAGACAGAUGUGGAUCGACAGGACGUGCAUCAGUGGACUGGACUGCCUCUCGUUUAUGGAUAACGGACUGGGUUUGACCAGAGCCAAACUGCACAAGAUGCUCAGGACAACAAAUGGGGAGCCUGAAUUUGACUUUAACACCAGUAAAUAUGACAUUCUGAUCAGGUGGAAGAUCAGUGAGUGAAGCAAUGGUGAACUCGCCAUUAUCCCAGAAAGUGGAUACUCAUUACGGAAUAAGCGUUUGCGCAUCACUUUCGGAUACAACACCAAAAGCAAAGAGCGUUAUGGGAUUAUGAUGUACCAUAAGAACAGACUAAUAAAACCAUACGUGAAAGUGAGCUGCCAAUGUAAGGCCGAGAGGAAAGGUGUGGGCGUUAUUGGUGUUAUAGAGUGCAAUUUUCUUCAGCCCACUCACAACAAACAAGACUUUGAUGACACCGAUAAAUACAGGAAGAUCAUGCACAACCUCAGCAUAAAGCUGGAGGAGUACUGGAACGAAAUUCGCUACAAACGAAAGAAAGAGGAUCCAAAGUGCACCGUGGCGGUAGAGGAUGUGUUAGUAAAGCAGAAAUUCACUUCCACAGAACCUCAGAUUAAAGUGACUCCAUCUUUCUGUUGCCCCGUUCACCCCUCUAGAAGAUCUCUCUUCUCAAACUCUGCAGCCUGCUUUGAACGAGGAGAGAAAAUCUUCUGUGAUGAAAGGAUUGGAGUUGCAUCGGGGUCCUGUAUGUGAAAGAGAUGCAUCAUCUGGGACAGGGGGGGAGCGCGGCUCGGCGACGGAGCAGAUAAUUGAAUUGGCCCUGAAAAAUGAGAAGAAAGAGGUGGUGCAUCAUGGAGGUGGUGUUGAUGGUGAGGAAGAGGAGGAGGAAGAGGGAUUGAAGCUGGCAGAGGUGCAACAGAGGUGGCAGGAUGAGUUAACAAAGUUGAUGAACGACAGAGAUGUGUGUCGUAAGGAGCUGGAGGAGAUGAGGGAGGACAGCGCCGCCCUGGAGGAGGAGAGAAACUAGCUUCUCAGCAGGAUAAGAUCAUUUAUCUGACCUCUGAGAUAUUUCAAUUGUUUGUGAUAGUUAGGUAAGAGUUAUAUACAGGGGCUGAACAAUGAAACUGAAACACUGGCCAAUUUAGUGUUGGAGGAUUCAUGCUAAAUUUGAGCAGCUUGGUGGCCAAACUUUAUUGAUUAGACAUUGCACCAGUAAGAGCAGAGUGUGAAUGUUUAAUUAGCAG